AUGGGCUACAGCAUGGCCAGAUGUAGCUAUGGUAUUGGGAGAGGAGGAGCUGCUUUGGGCGCAACUGGCGACGGCCUCGACGUGUGCGUUGGCGCGUCUUUGACUCUUUUGGCGGGCAUGGGGGCCGUAGCGAGGCGGGCGGGGUGUGAUUGGGCGGCGGGGGUCGAGUCCUUGUGUGCACGCUCAACGGCCAAGACGAGAGGGCAGAGAGGGCAGAGAGGGCAGAGAGGGCAGCGAAUGCAGACCGCCUUUGGUGCGCGCGCCCUCUCUGCCCCUCUGCGCAGUGCAUUCCACGCCGGGCCAGGCGACGACGGCGAUGACUUGCAGCCCUGCCACGACCAGCACAUCCCCCCCUCGCCAAUCACACGCCCUGCACCCAAAUACCUCAGCUGCAAAGGGACCCCCCUCUGCUCCUCCGCCCACACGUUCCCGGCCAGGCCAUCCCCGCUGCUACCCAUCCUCGCACUCGCUCCAAAGACAGCGCACGCCCUGCCCAUCGCCACCCUCUCGCCAGUCGGCGAGUCGCUGCUCUCCCGGAGCAUCGAGGGCUUGGCUGUGCGUGGUGUUGUUGCUAUUGCUGCUACAACCCACCCAUCCAUCCAUCCAUCCAUCCACGCCCUCGCAUCCCAUCAUCUCUCAAACACCCCCUCCCCCCGCCGAUACUUACAUCUGCACCUUUUUGCGCCGCCAGCAGCCACCAGCAAAUCACGCCUUCGCUCUGCUUGUCGCCCUCGUAACUUGACGGCCGCCGGGUGGAGUCGUCUUCUGCCCCUGCGCUGCCAGCACAUCAAGCGCUGCGCAUGCUGUCAACAAGGCCCAUGCAACUUGCUGCACGCACACGCCAAAGCAAUUGCGUCGCCCUGUUGUGUGAACCGCACGUCUCCCACUUCAUCUUGCAGUGCAGCCCUAGUCGCUGCUGCUUGCUCCCCCCCCGUCUCCAAACCGCCGCUGCUCUCCUAUGCCCAUUGCCAUGCCCGUCCAAUGAGCCGCAUCGCUGUGCCGUAUGCCGUGCAGUCUCUGUCGCCCAAACGUGUUCCUUUUGCGCCUCUGCUGCACUCAUGCACUUGCACCUGA